UAAUUAAACAUAAAUCAGUUAAUGUAGAAAAUAUCAAAAGAAAUCAUUGGAAAAUUAUGCAAGUCAAAAUUUGAAAAACCGCUACAAUCAAUUGAACGGUAAUGGGAUUCAGAUCGGCAAUAAAAAAUAUAUAUUAUUUCUUAAAAUUAUUCCACGGUUUCUUCCCUUAAUAAAAUACUUUUUCCUCUGAAAAACACAGUUUAUUUAAAACCUGAGUUAUAAAUAAGAAAACUAAUUUUCAGAAAAACAACCAGACCGGACUGGCCAAAAAAUUUUUAAAUUCGAUAAAUAUAAAAGAAAAGGAAAGAAAUGACGUAAAGUGGGAAUAAAGAAUUCGAGAAAACGAAAGGCAUAAGGUUCUUCAAAGCAUUACCAAUUCCCACUUUGAUUUUAUCAUUGCUCUCAUUUUUCAUUUGCAAUCCAAAAUAGAAAAGUAAGAAGAGGAAAAAAGAGGAAAAUGGCUGACCUAGAUCCCGAGAACCAAAACCGGCGUCUUCUAAUCCAGCAGCAGCACAGAGAGAAGCAUUUCACCGGCGGCGAGAUCGUCCGCGACAUUAUCAUCGGAGUCUCCGACGGCCUCACCGUUCCCUUCGCCCUUGCCGCGGGCUUGUCCGGCGCCAAUGCCUCCUCCUCUAUCGUUCUCACCGCCGGAAUCGCCGAGGUCGCCGCCGGCGCCAUCUCCAUGGGACUCGGCGGAUACCUUGCGGCGAAAAGCGAGGCGGAUCAGUACAAGAAGGAGCUGCGGAGAGAGGAAGAGGAAAUCGUCUUGGUUCCCGAUACUGAAGCUGCAGAAGUGGGUGAGAUUCUGGCCCAGUAUGGAAUAGAAGCACACGAAUAUGGGCCUGUUGUUAAUGCUCUGAGGAAGAAUCCUCAAGCUUGGCUUGAUUUCAUGAUGAGGUUUGAGCUAGGAUUGGAAAGGCCAGAGCCAAAAAGAGCAAUACAAAGUGCACUAACCAUUGCCAUUUCUUACAUCUUGGGAGGCUUAGUGCCCUUAAUUCCCUACAUGUUCUUCUCUAAUGCCUCAGAGGCUGUGCUUGCAUCUGUUGCCUUAACUUUGCUCGCCCUCUUGGUUUUUGGCUAUGCCAAGGGCUGCUUCACCGGUAAUAAACCUGUCACGAGUGCCGUCCAAACCGCCCUCAUUGGGGCCAUCGCAUCCGCAGCUGCCUUCGGCAUGGCCAAGGCCGUGCAACCCUGAGUCUUGUUCAUUGUCAAAAUAUUUUACAUCUUCAAGAUAUACAUGUAUAUGUAUAAUAAAGUAUCUAAUGAAACGUGUUGUAUGUAUCUUAUGCGCUGAAAGAAUCUUUUCAAAUGAUGACAAACUUAAAUUUGCAUUCAAAUAAUGAAUCAAGUUGGGAAGAUUGGUAUGUAACUAAAUUUCAUUAGUUUUGAGAGGUUUAUGGCACCUAAUUGGUUUUUGUCA